AUGGGUUCUGGAUCACCACCAAGCUCGAAGCCCUCGGCCAUCCCGUCCCACAUGCUGAACGGAAGCUCCCCCUCCAACGGUCCUCCACCAGUGGUCGGGAUUCUCGUGAGCGUGAGAGUCUCAAUUCGUCCAUUCGCACUUCCUUUGAGCCCCGCAUCCCCUUGGAAUUUGACCCCAGGGCUGAGACCAACGGAGCUGAAGCUGGAGCUGCAGCCCCAGUCGACCCCACCGUGUCCACCUCAACUGCAUCAGUGCCCAUUCGCAGCGUUGUGCCACCCGACCCUGAACGACCCUCCCCGCGACCCCCGCGAUGAAGGCGGCCCAUUGACCCCUCCCGCCACCGUCAGCCGCCCCGCCAGUCCCUACACAUUGAACCCGCCUAUUGACUUUGACGGCCUCAGCUGGCCAUGCCCUGGAACCAGACAGCGGAAAGAGUCGACCCCGGAGGAGACCGAAGAACGACUUGACAAGCUUUCUGGAGCGAUCCGGACAAUUCUUGAAUGCAUCGGAGAAGAUCCAGAGCGUGAGGGUCUCCGAGAGACCCCUAUGAGGUAUGCCAAGGCUAUGCUUUACUUCACCAAGGGCUACGAGGAGAAUGUGCGGGACUUGAUGAACGGUGCGGUCUUCCACGAAGAUCACGAUGAGUUGGUUAUCGUCAAGGAUAUCGAUGUCUUCUCGCUUUGCGAGCACCACAUGGUUCCCUUCACCGGAAAGAUGCACAUUGGAUACAUCCCUGAUCGUCGCGUGCUUGGUCUUUCCAAGCUGGCCCGUCUCGCAGAGAUGUUCGCCCGCAGACUCCAAGUCCAAGAGCGCCUGACCAAGCAAGUCGCGCUGGCCAUCUCGGAGGUCCUCAAGCCCCGUGGCGUGGGUGUUGUCAUGGAAUCUUCCCACCUCUGCAUGGUCAUGCGCGGUGUACAGAAGGUUAGCAGCACCACAACCACAAGCUGUAUGCUUGGAUGCAUGCGGUCCAGCGCCAAGACUCGUGAAGAGUUCUUGACCCUGCUGAACCGCAGAUAA